GAGCGCGGUCACCAGCUGGGAGGUCCGGCUGCCCCAGCCGUUACUGGUAUCCUCCUUCUAUGGCUCUGAGGAUGAAACUCAGGUGCUUAUGGAUCUUUGGUCUGUGUUUAGCAGCUAGUAAAUUCUCCAAAGUCCCAUCUAUAAAAGACCCACAAUUUAUCCAACAGUGUGUUGCGCUCCACAACGAAUUUCGAGGCAAAGUCAUUCCUUCCGCGGCCGAUAUGAAAUAUUUGAGUUGGGAUCAUGGUUUAGCAAAGGUGGCUGAAGCAUGGGCAAAACAAUGCAGAUUUGAACAUAAUAAAUGUUUAAAAAUACCCUAUCAAUGCUACCGAGAUUUUGCACAUAUUGGAGAAAAUCUUUGGUUAGGUGGAUUGGCACUAUUUACUCCAAAAUAUGCGAUUACUAAAUGGUAUAAUGAAUCUCAACACUUUGAUUUUAAUAAUCUAUCGUGUUCUAAUAUUUGUGGCCAUUAUACACAGGUAGUUUGGGCCAAUUCAUAUAAAGUUGGUUGUGCAGCUGCAUCUUGCGCUAACUUUGGGGGAGCUACAUUUGCAAUGUUUGUGUGUAACUAUGGACCUGGAGGAAAUUUUAAAAAUGAUCUCCCUUACACACAAGGACCACCCUGCACGAUGUGCUCAACAGAAGAGAGAUGUGUAAACAAGCUCUGCCAACGUAAAGACCUGAAGCCAACGGGGAAAGCACCUCAGCAGAUAGUAUACAAUGUACUUAGCCUAGGUUUUAUUCUUCUGAGAGCAAUUUAAUUGUCAUUUAUACGUGAGAAAAAUGCUUAAAUUUUAUAAUAAAG